AUGCAUUUCGGACCUGUCUCCUUGUUGUUUCUGCUGUUUGCGCUAUUUGCUCUUGUCUUUGCAAAUGAUCUUGGUCGCGACUACAAUCCCCUGACCGUCGAUGCGAAUACUUGGGAGACGCAACAUGGCUCUUACCCAUCCAGGAGCUAUCAUUCGUCCAACCUCACUUCUCCUGCUGUGAGAAAGGCUGUCGACUCGCCGCUAUGCUAUGACGAUAAUCUCAUCUUCCUCGCUCCCCGUGGCUUCCGCGUCCCACACCCUGCCGUUACCAUUCUGGACAAUCAUGGCAAGCUCGUCUGGUCGCAACCUGUCAAGGGCCAAGCCUACAAUCUGAAGGUGCAAGAGUACAAGGGAGAGAAAGUCUUGACGUACUGGGUUGGAGAUGAUGCUGUGGGCGGACACGGAGAGGGCUACUUUUACCUCUUGAACAACAAAUACGAAGAGAUUGCACGUAUCAGGGGCGUCAACAACCUUCGAGCAGAUCUGCACGAGUUGACCAUCACCCCGGAGGGUACUGCGCUGGUGACCUUUUACCAGAUCUUUCCUCUGAACCAGCCCGGCGUCUUUAGGAUCAAGGACACGGUCUGGAUCUGGGACUGUCUGUUUCAAGAGUUUGACAUUGCGACCCAAGACUUGGUCUUUGAGUGGAGAGCGUCAGAGCACCAUGGACUGAACGAGUCUUAUGCUCCGCUCGGUACAGAUGGCUAUACCCCUGAUCAUCCAUAUGAUUGGUACCACAUCAAUAGCGUCCAGAAGGAUGACCUGGGCAACUACCUCGUCUCCGCGCGCUUCACCUCGACUAUAACAUACAUCAGUGGCAAUACCGGUGACAUCUUGUGGAUCCUAGGUGGAAAACAAAACUCUUUUGCCGACCUCAGCAACGGCCAAGCAACGAACUUUGAAUAUCAGCACAUGGCCCGCUUUACACCAAUCACUACCUUCCCUACACUUAUGGCCAAGGAGAUUGUUGAUCAUGGCAAGAGCAAGGACAACAACGCCAUGACAAAGCAACUACUCACCCUCUUCGACAAUGGCAUACCACCUCGUCCGGCCAGAGGUCUCAUCUUAGAAGUGACUUACCCCUCCCACGGCAUAGUAACAAACGCCCCGCUCACGGCAAAAGUCAUCAAGUCCUACGAACAUCCUCUACACAUCUCCUCGGUCAGCCAAGGCUCUCUCCAGCUCGUCACCUCAAACUUGACUACCGAUUCUGAGCCUCACGUCUUGAUCGGCUUUGGCUGGCAAGGUGUAUGGACAGAGUACACUGCUGAUGGCACACUUCUCUGUGACUCUCGUAUCACACCAGCGAAUGUGCUUGGCAAAGGGCAUGUGCAGUCAUACUCUGUGAUGAAGUUCCGCUGGACUGGAACGCCUUCUCAUCCUCCACUGGCGGUUUCUGACAUGUCUAGAGGCUCAGUCUUUGUGUCUUGGAAUGGCGCCACAGAGGUUGUAAGCUGGCAAUUGCGCAUCUUGGUCGGACAAACGUGGGAAGUGAAGGCGACGAAGCAAAAGGCUGGCUUUGAGACAGAGCUCGCGUUACCUGAGGGCUUCGAUAAGCAGACUAUGAGAUAUGCAGUCGUCGAGGCACUUGGCAAAGAUAGGAAUGUUCUGGGUAAGACUGAAACGAUUGAUCUGUGGCAGUCGGGCUUGCUUAGCAGGAUUAGCAGGAUGUCGCCUUCGGGUGGUGGUGUGGUCUCAGUUUUCGGAUUCUUGGUCGCAGUCGCCGUGUUGUUUUUUGUUGCGAGUCGCGUGGUUGGAGCGAGGAUGGGUGGAUAUCAGAAGUUGAGGAGAAGUUGA